GCCCCAGUCCCGGCCUCGCCGCCAUUGGCUUAGCGGCCCCAUCCGGGCACUUGGCGCAUCGCCGCCGCUCUGCCCGAGCGCUCCCAAUAUGGCGGAGGCUUCCUUUGGGAGUUCGAGCCCAGUUGGCUCUUUAUCUUCUGAGGAUCAUGACUUUGACCCUACAGCUGAAAUGUUGGUACAUGACUACGAUGACGAGAGGACUCUUGAAGAAGAGGAAAUGAUGGACGAGGGCAAAAAUUUUAAUUCUGAAAUUGAAGAUUUAGAAAAGGAAGGAAGUAUGCCCUUAGAAGACUUACUGGCAUUCUACGGUUAUGAACCUACGAUUCCAGUUAUAGCAAGCUCCAGUGCGGAUAGCUCCCCAAGUGAACUUGCAGAUGAACUGCCAGACAUGACUUUAGAUAAAGAGGAAAUAGCCAAAGACCUCUUGUCAGGCGAUGAUGAAGAAACACAGUCUUCUGCUGAUGAUUUGACACCAUCAGUUACCUCUCAUGAAGCUACAGACUUUUUCCCACGACCUUUAAGAUCAAACACGACGUGUGAUGGUGAGAAGGAAUCAGAUGGUGAGGAUGUAGAAGUGGAUACUGGCAAUUCAUCUGAAGAUCUGCGAAAGGAAAUAAUGAUUGGCUUACAGUACCAAGCAGAAAUUCCACCUUAUUUAAGCAAAUGCAGUGAUGAUGAAAAGGUGUACGAAAAUGAAGACCAGCUACUCUGGCAACCUGAUGCAAUUUCAGAGAGCAAAGUUAAAGAGUACCUUUUUGAGACUUCUUUAAGAACUGGAAAUGAAAAAAUGAUUGGCAGAAUUCCUGAGGGAAUACAUAUGCGGGACAAUGAACAGGCACUCUAUGAACUUCUCAAAUGUAACCACAACAUCAAAGAAGCAAUUGAGAGAUACUGUUCAAAUGGAAAGGCAUCUCAAGAGAUGACAGCUUGGACAGAAGAAGAAUGUAGAAACUUCGAACACGCACUUCUGAUGUACGGGAAAGAUUUUCAUCUCAUACAAAAAAACAAGGUGAGAAGCAGAACAGUUGCUGAAUGUGUAGCAUUUUAUUACAUGUGGAAGAAAUCGGAACGAUACGACUACUUCGCUCAGCAAACGAGAUUUGGAAAAAAGAGGUACAACCACCAUCCUGGAGUCACGGACUACAUGGAUCGAUUAGUGGAUGAAGCAGAAGCUCUCGGUGGAGCUGUUCAUUCAUCAGCCAUAACAUCAAACAGUAGGCCGGAGCCCAUUGCUGACCAACAGCUAAGCAUCCUGAACUCUAUCACUGCCAAUGAUUUGACAGCACUGACCAACAGUGUAGCCACGGUUUGCCACUCUACAGAUGUGAACUGCUUAGAUGAUGCCUUCCCACCUCUGGACAGCUUGCCCCGAACGGCAGUUAAUCAUGUGCCUGUUGUAACAGAAGAUUUGCUUAACUUGCCUAGUAAUGGCGAAAGUGAUUGUUUUAAUUUAUUUGAGACUGGAUUUUAUCACUCUGAGCUAAACCCAAUGAACAUGUGCAGCGAGGAGUCUGAGAGGCCUACGAAGAGACUAAAAAUGGGAAUUUCGGUCCCGGAAUCCUACAUGAAUGAUGUCUCUGUAAAUAACUUGGGCGUUGAUUUUGAGAAUCACACGCACCAUAUUACCAGUGCCAAAAUGGCCGUCUCAGUGGCUGACUUCAGCAGUCUAUCUGCGAAUGAGACCAACGGCUUCAUCAGCGCCCAUGCGUUACACCAGCACACUGCCCUCCACUCGGAAUGAAUUUGGCAGCCAAUGGAAGAGACGGUGGACGCUCUUGGC